AUGGCACCCCCGGCCGCCUCCCUCCGCGUCGCCGGGCCCCACCCCUGCCCGUUUUCUCCCGCGGCGCCUCUCAUGAUUCAAUUUCACCCAGCCAACUGGCAAAUCCCCUUUGCCAGCACGCACCCCUGCGCGGGCCCUGGACGCCAGCCCCAACGCUCACCCGCAACCGCGGGCGCCGGGCACCUGCCUGGCCCCGCCGUGAGCGCCGGCCGGCCAGCCGCCCUUGCCCUACAGGUCCUCCGGACCCACGUCGCCUGCCAUCGUGCGUGCAAACGCUCCGGUGUCCGAAAGUGA